GUGACCUCGACUACUUUUUUCUCAUGCAGGUGGAGCCCCAGCUGGGGGGGCCAAUGCAGUGCCUGCAGGCUAUGGCAAUGGCUACGGUGCUAGUACUGGAGGCAAUGGUUAUGGAGCCGGGAUUGGGUACCCAACAGUGUAGCGGAUGUGCUGCUGGGCUGGGAGGCAAGGCAGGGAAGGGAGCAGGAGGMCUUGGCGCAGGAGGAUAUCCACAGGGACAGGAGAAAUAUGGGGGUGGAGUCAGUCAGCUUCCUUACAAUGGAGCCCCAGUCAAUACUGCUGGACUGGAUGGUGAUGGAAGCUUCCCUUAUGGUGCUCAGCAACUGGGCCUUGGUGGUGGUGAUGGAGGCAAAUCCGCUGGCAAAUAUGGCAACGGUGGAUUGCCACAGGUGCACCACGGGUGCACAGCCUUAUGGACCUGCGACUGGUGGAAACGGAGGGGCUAUGGAGCACAGCAGCAGGUGAUUAAACUCACACUCAAAACCACAACCCUACUGCUUGCCUCAGGAAAUUAUGUGUAUGGUAACUGCUUAAGAAUAACCAUGUUAGUUCCUAUCAGUGGAGGCUGGUGA